AUGACAAUUGUUCUGCUGCAGCUGCUUGUUCUGCUUGUUGUGUUCUCGUGCACGAGCGGCGAUAGUCCACGACCAAAAGUUCUAAUUCUCGGAGGCGGUCUGGCUGGUCUUCGAGUGGGGCAAGUCUUGCAGCAAAAUGGCGUUCGCGAUUUUCUCAUUCUCGAAGCGGACAACAAACUUGGAGGCAGAUUUCUCUCAUUUUGCUUGCCAGAGGUGUCUGCGUGCGUGAGCGACAUCCAUGUGGAGCCCUCACUACCAUCACCUCAUCCAAUUGGAGAGUUGUUCGACAAAUGCAAAAUUGCCUACGCACCCGAGGCUGUGUCAACCAUCAAAGCUGUGGAUGACGCUGGGAACGACGUGAGCGCUGAAAUAAAUUUACUGUCUCAACGCUUGGAUAGUAUAUACUACAAUUUGGUCCAAGCAUGGAGACCAGAAGAAGAUGAUAUGAACCUGCGAGGUGCUUAUAGUCUCUAUGGUUGGCAUCCUCGAACUCCCGUAGAAUUGGCACUAGACAAGUAUUACACUGACGCGUUUCUAGCAGCUAAACCAUCCGAGCUGUCUAUGCGCAUGUACCAAAAUGUAAUGAAUGCCGUCUUCUCAUUGGACGGUUCAAUCCAUCUUUACGUCGUCAGAAACAGCUUCAACGGAAAUCAAGACCUCGUCGACUGUUUGACGAAGAGUUUCCUAAAUCAAUCAGACGAACGUGUAAAACUGAACACAAGAGUCACUCAAAUACAAUACAGCGAGUCGGGUGUGGUGGUCACCACAUCGGAUGGAAAGAAGUAUGAGGCAGACUUUGCAGUCGUCACGUUCUCAUUGGGUGUCUUGCAGCAAGAGACGGUGAAAUUCAUUCCGUCGCCAAAUUAUGCUAAGAGAAAGGCGAUCAAUAAGUUCCGUAUGGGUUAUUACACUUUUGUAUACUCUCGGUUUCCUUACAAAAUCGAUGGUUCGAUUGCCAGAUCAAAUCAAGAACCUCUUCAUUACAUUAGUGUGUCAUCGCAUCGUCAAGUCAGUCGACUAAUAUAUGAAGUUUUCGAAACUAUUGAAGAGAAAGUGAACCACUCGCAACCAUACAAUCUCUUUCUUAGCUGGAUUGCUGGCGACGACGCUCUUCGAGUGGAAACACAAGAGAUAAAUAAGACAACAGCAGAGUUUAAGGACAUGUUUGGUCGCUUUUUUGGUAAAUCUAUUCCCGAACCUAAAGUGUUUGUUAGUCAAGGGAAUACCAAUCCUCUCUAUUAUGGCGCUAUUCCGAGCUUUCCUAGUGGAGCGACGUACGAAGAUUAUGACAAGCUGAGGGAAUCGCUUGGCAGAGUGUUCUUUGCUGGAGACGCUUAUUAUAUGACUGCAAGCUUGAAUGGUGCCACGCGUGCUCUCUACAGUGGAAACGAAACGGCAAUGGCGGUGAUUGAAUGUAUGAAUGGAGGCUCGUGUGCUAUGAGCAAGUUUGCUGUAACGCCACCGGAACAGCAAUGUCCCACAUCUGGAACAGGGAGCGGUCGUGGUGUUGUGGCCAAUGUUGUCGCUAUUGUCUUCUUCCUAGCAAUGUCCAUCUUAGUCUACUGAUCCAUCUAACGUCCGUUAGCCGCUUGCGUUCUAAAUUCAAACUCGCCGUUGCAUCGCUGCCUAGCUUUUUAGUUGCUUGUAGUUUGGAUUUUGCAUGCUUUGUUUAUUUCCUUAACUAGCUUGCUAGAACUUGAAGGUGUUGCUCGUGAGAUAUAGCGUUAGCUCUAUAUCUCUUCUCUCUUUACGUAAAAGUGAUCUGUCCGUCCAUCU